AUGGCAAAUUAUAUUUCCAAUGACGUUGAUUUUCUACCAUCGAAUACCACUAAUAAUACGAAAAUUGUCGAUGUUGACGAUCGUUUCUUGGAUAUGUCUCAACAUUUAUAUUAUCAAUAUCAUCAUAGUGGUUCUCGAAUGAUUCCCUCCACAAUCUCUAGCUCAACAACCACUUUGUCGUCGUCUACAGGCGGAGGUACUUAUACUCGUAAAAAUAAACUUCGUACACGAUUACAUCAUCUUAUUAACGGUGAUAAAAUUCAAAAACGUUCGUUAAGUACCGGUAGUAGCUCAAAUUUAUCAGUUCCUACACCAUCGUUAGCAACAAAAUUCCCCCUACCAACACAUCAAGAUAAUAAUAAUAGGAUAAAUCAUAAAACUGCUCCGACUAAUGUAGGUCUGACAUCUCCACUUGUAGCACAAACACCUGUAAAUUCAAGAAAAGUUGAACAACAAGAAUCGGUACAUUUAGUUUCAACAUUUCAACCAUCUGCAGUAUACUAUCAACAUCAAAAAAACCUUCAGGUACAAAAUUCAUAUAAUGGAAGCGAUAGAAACAGUGAUCAUGACGACGAUGAAGAAGAAGAAGAAGAAGUAACAAUAACAAGAUUAUAA